AUGGGUUUAUAUUAUUCUCAACCAGCAGUGGUUGUUGUAAAGAUCUGUAACAAUCAGUUGAAUGUACCGGAUUAUAUUGCGUUGCACAUACUAGAGUAUCUCAAUGAUUGUUGUAGGAAUCAAACACUCUAUAAUCCGUUGCGUCUCAGUCUGCGAAACUAUCGAUCUAUUGCACCAACUUGGAAGUCGACAACUUGGCGGUGCGCUUCCCAUACCGCAUGCGUAGUCGCACCAAUUUCCAAUACUCAAUCAUGCCGUACCACAACUAAAUACACUCAAACAACUGCGCACUCUAAAGCUAAAGAACAUUCUAUCGAAUAUGAUACAGGAAUUUAUAUUGGCAAUCGACGACAUGAUUCAACUCUCACGACUUUCCAUCAAUUGCCAAACGAUGGCAACGAAGCUGCUCUACGAAUAUCUGGCGAGUGGAGCCAAGCCAGCACUCAGACAUCUCAAGAUAUAUGGAAUGAUGAUCCUCAUUGUCUUGAUAAAGUAGACUUUUAUCACAAGAGUCUAAAUAUAGCAUCACCUUACUUUGAUGAAAACAAUAAUGGCAAGAUCGAAUCACUCAAAGGAUAUGAUCAACUCGAUGAUAUUCUUAAACAAAGAAGAAUUCAAGCCAAGUUAAAUGCAUACAUUUUUAGUGCAAGUUCAAAUUAUUUCCCUCGAAUAGUAUUAGGUUUCUUGGAUGGUUGUUUCUUGGUUUACGAUCCAUUCGUCGAUAAAUCUAUCGAAUCAAUGAAAGAAAUGUAUAGCUCACUAGUAAAAGCAUUGGAAGCGGUUAAAGAAGAAGAGAUGCAUAAUGAAGAGAAACAAACAAAAACAAAGACAUCAGUACCAUAUUUAAAAGACAUAAUAUUCUUUGUGGUUGCAACAAAAGCAGAUAGAAUAAAUGAAAUUAACAAUGAAAAGGUGGCAUCAAACUACAAUGACGUCGAACAAUGGAGAAUAUCGAAUGGUAUCAAGCACCAUUAUCUUACCUCUUCCAAAGAAAACUUUAACAUCGAUCAAAUAUUCCAAUCUAUGACAUUGGAAGUAUUAAAGCAUAGAUCAUUUAAUAAUUUAGUUGUAGAUGAUCAAAAAGCAUCAACAAAUGUAUCAACAUCAUCCUCAUCAUCGAUACCAAAUUCAUCUCCUUACUUUGAUGAAAACGACAGUGGAGUGAUCGAAUCACUCAAAGGAUAUGAUCAACUCGAUGAUAUUCUUAAACAAAGAAUUCGCGCCAAGAUACAUGUAUUCGUUAAAAAUGCAAGCUCACAUUACUAUGUGUUUCCUCGAGUACUUGUAGGUUUCUUGGAUGGUUGUUUCUUGGUUUACGAUCCACUCGUCGACAAAUCUAUCGAAUCAAUGAAAAGAAUGUAUAGCUCACUAGUAAAAGCAUUGAAAGAUAAUGAAGCAGCUCAAGAAGAAGAGAGGCUAAAUGAACCACAAACAAAAACAAAGUCAUCAGUACCAUAUUUAAAAGAUGUGAUAUUCAUUGUGGUUGCAGAUAGAAUAAAUGAAAUUAACUAUGAAAAGGUGACAUCAAACUACAAUGAUGUGGAGCAAUGGAGAGUAUCGAAAGGUAUCAAGCACCAUUAUCUUACCUCUUCCAAAGCAAACUUUAACAUAAAUCAAAUAUUCCAAUCUAUGACAUUGGAGGUUUUAAAGAAUAGAUCAUUUAAUAAUUUAGAAAUAGAUCAUCAAACAGCAACAAAAUCAAAUGUAUCAAUAUCAUCAUCACCAUCAUCAUCAUCAGUUAUGUCAUCUUUAAUUUCGAAUUAUUGGUAUAAUUAA